ACUCUCUGUUAGCUUCGCAUCGUCUUACAGGCUACAACAAAAUUCACAUAAUAUUUUGAAUAAAAUGAUUUCAAUUAAAGAUAAGACAUUUCUUUUGAAACUUAUUUUAUUAAUUUUAUACCUGGAUUUCACAAUAUGUGCAGGUUGUGACAGUAAUCAACUGUUAUAUACAGAAGUUGGAUGUAAACCUAUUUUUGAAAAUGGUUCAGAUUUUUGCGCAGUGGCAUACGACUGUGAAAAUGUGUUUACAAGAUCAAAUGACAACUCUUAUCUUAAUGGAAAUGUGUACUCACCAAAAGAUAAUAUCUCUCAGAUUGACUCCGAGUUAAGCCUAUGUGUGUCCGGUUGCUUCUGCGAUCAAAAAACGAUUAAUAACAAAACUACAACUACAUUUGCAUGCGAAUAUGAUCGAUGUCCGUCUUAUUUCUCAUUAUUGCCCGACACAUGUUAUUAUAAAUUUGACAAAAAUGUAUGCUGUGAGACUGAAUUGUACUGUCGUACGGCUAAUGAUAAAUCGUGUAGAAAAUUUAAAUGCAAUUAUGAACUUCUUUACAUGUAAAAUAUUUUGAAUCGAGACGCUCCUCUUUAUUAUGAAGAAAAGGAUGGAUGUCCCAUCAACUGGUAUCGACGUAAGUUGAAAAUAUAAAAAUAUUAAUUGGUUUUCAGUUAUCAAUUAUCAAAAAUAGUUUGUUUAUAAUAAAAUAAUAUCAUUAUAUCUAUAGAAUAAGACGAUAAUAUCUGUACUUAUAUUUAUAAAUUAAUUCAAUAAUCCAACUUCUUAUUUGAAGAAUUCAUAAAUUAUAAUUUUAAUUUACGUAGUAUGUAUUUAUAUAAUUAUGUAAAAGCAAAAUUUAAAACUAACC